UUUUCUAGGCAUGGAGCCUGCAGUCAGAGCGUCACACUUUGUACCGCAUUGCACUGAACUGAGGACUACAGGCUAGACCUGGAUUUCUGACCUCUAGGAUAAGGAUAGGCUGAUUUCUGAUCGUCUCGGCCCCAGAACAGGCUCUUUUCCUCUGACAAACACCUCUACCAGCCUGCUCUACCAUGCCCGCCGCUGGAGCCUCAGAUCCGAAGUCGGAGGAUUUCUCCACUGCUAUUCUGAAGCAGAAGAUUCGACCGAAUCGACUCGUUGUGGAUGAAGCCACCAAUGAGGACAACAGUAUUGUGUGCUUGUCACAGGUUAAAAUGGAGGAGCUGCAGAUGUUCCGCGGAGACACCGUGGUGUUGCGUGGUCGGAAACGAAAACAGACGGUCUGCAUUGUUCUCACAGACGACACGUGUAGCAAUGAGCGCGUGCGCAUGAACAGGGUCACCCGCAACAACCUGCGUGUGCGUCUCGGUGAUGUCAUCAGUAUCCACGCCUGUCCAGAUGUGAAAUAUGGGAAGCGCGUCCAUGUUCUACCCAUUGAUGACACUAUUGAGGGGCUGACGGGCAACCUGUUCGAUGUUUUUCUGAAGCCGUAUUUUCUGGAGGCCUACCGACCUGUUCACAAAGGUGAUAUUUUCCUGGUCAGAGGAGGCAUGAGAGCAGUGGAGUUUAAAGUGAUAGAAACCGACCCCUCCCCACACUGCAUUGUUGCCCCAGAUACUAUUAUCCACUGUGAGGGAGAACCAAUCAAACGAGAGGAUGAGGAGGAGAGUCUGAAUGACAUCGGGUAUGAUGACAUCGGGGGUUGUCGUAAACAGCUGGCUCAGAUCAAAGAGAUGGUGGAGCUGCCUCUCAGACACCCCGGCCUGUUCAAAGCCAUCGGAGUGAAGCCUCCGAGGGGGAUUCUGCUGUACGGCCCACCCGGCACGGGCAAGACGCUGGUGGCUCGUGCUGUAGCCAAUGAGACGGGAGCUUUCUUCUUUCUUAUCAAUGGUCCUGAAAUCAUGAGCAAACUGGCAGGGGAGUCUGAGAGCAACCUAAGAAAAGCUUUCGAAGAGGCUGAAAAAAACGCCCCUGCUAUCAUCUUCAUCGAUGAGCUGGAUGCAAUCGCUCCGAAACGAGAGAAGACUCACGGUGAGGUUGAGCGGAGGAUCGUCUCUCAGCUGCUCACCUUGAUGGACGGCCUGAAACAACGCGUUCAUGUUGUGGUCAUGGCGGCCACAAACAGACCGAACAGCGUGGAUCCCGCUCUUCGGCGUUUUGGUCGUUUUGAUCGAGAGAUUGACAUUGGCAUCCCUGAUUCCACCGGAAGGCUGGAGAUUUUACAGAUUCACACCAAGAACAUGAAACUAUCAGAAGAUGUGGACCUGGAGCAGAUCGCCACGGAAACACAUGGGCACGUGGGAGCAGAUAUGGCCGCUCUGUGUUCAGAGGCAGCGCUGCAGGCCAUCCGCAAAAAGAUGACCUUAAUUGAUCUGGAGGACGACAGUAUCGAUGCAGACCUUCUCAACUCACUGGCCGUCACCAUGGAUGACUUCAAAUGGGCUUUAAGUCAGAGUAACCCAUCUGCCCUGAGGGAGACGUUAGUGGAGGUUCCUCAGGUAAACUGGGAGGACAUUGGAGGACUUGAUGAGGUGAAGCGAGAGUUACAGGAGCUUGUGCAGUAUCCUGUGGAGUAUCCUGAUAAAUUUCUGAAGUUUGGCAUGACUCCAUCUCGAGGCGUUCUAUUCUAUGGUCCACCAGGUUGUGGCAAAACCCUUCUAGCUAAAGCCAUUGCCAACGAGUGCCAGGCCAACUUUGUGUCCAUUAAAGGCCCAGAGAUGCUCACCAUGUGGUUUGGUGAAUCAGAGGCAAACGUCAGAGAUGUGUUUGAUAAGGCCCGGCAGGCGGCUCCGUGCAUUCUGUUCUUUGACGAGCUGGACUCUAUUGCUAAAUCACGAGGGGGCGGAGCUGGAGAUGCAGGAGGUGCGGCUGACAGGGUCAUCAACCAGAUCUUGACAGAAAUGGAUGGGAUGAGUGACAAGAAGAACGUCUUUAUCAUUGGCGCCACCAACAGGCCUGAUAUCAUAGAUCCUGCAAUCCUGAGACCUGGUCGCUUGGAUCAGCUGAUUUACAUCCCUCUCCCUGACAUGGCCUCCCGCUCUGCCAUCCUACGUGCCAACCUCCGCAAGUCUCCAGUCGCUAAGGACGUAGACCUGGCGUAUCUGUCCCGGAUUACAGAGGGUUUCUCCGGAGCAGACCUGACUGAGAUCUGUCAGAGGGCCUGUAAGCUUGCUAUCAGAGAAGCUAUAGAGGCAGAGAUCCGUGCUGAGAGACAGCGGCAAACCAGGAAAGAGACUGCUAUGGAUGAUGAUUAUGACCCGGUGCCUGAGAUCAGGAAGGAUCAUUUUGAGGAAGCCAUGAGAUUUGCUCGUCGGUCUGUUAGUGAUAAUGACAUACGGAAGUAUGAGAUGUUUGCUCAGACUCUUCAGCAGAGCCGUGGAUUCGGGAACUUCAGGUUUCCUGCAGCAGCUCAGUCAGGUGGAGGUCAAGGGUCAGGCCAAGGCUCUGGGGGUCAUUUCAGAAAUGAUGGAGAUGAUGAUCUCUAUCAGUGAUCAAGGUCAACAAUCCUCGACCAGCCCAACACCUGGUGUGUGCAACAGGGAGAGAAGAGAUUAAACUCACUUGCUAUUGGAAUCUGCACAUUAUGAUUAUUAAUAGUGAAAAAUAACCAUAUCUUUAUGGUUUUUUUUUUGUUUUUUUUCACAUUCUGACAGGGAUUAUAGUAAGUAAGAGAUUUAUAAGUAAGAGAUUAUGAUCUCUUUUAGGUCUGCCAGAAAACAAUCUCAGAAAUAUUAAAUUUAAUGCCUAUUAUUCACAUUAAAUUUUAAAAUGAUGUUGUUAAAUACAUGUGUUGAUGUGAAUGUGUGUCUGACAUUAAUAAAGGAAAUUUAAUUAAA